GAUAGCUUUAUUUUAGAUGCAGUGUUACCAAAAGCUUAAGCUAUGGCUAGAUUACAUUCAUUUACCACGGUAGUGCUUUUACUAUCGACUUUCGGUUCGUUUGCUGCUGGAUCUAAUUUCUUUUGGAGGGGUAGACUAUUUCACCGAGAAAAAAAUCCAGAAGCUAACAAAUAUGAAAGAUGGUUUAAUCAAACUUUGGACCAUUUUAAUCCAAACGAUGAGAGGACCUGGCAACAGAGGUACUAUGUGAAUGAUGAGUUUGCUAGUGGUGAAGGCAAUCUUGCUUUUCUUAUGAUUGGUGGAGAGGGAGAAGAAAGAGGUGGUUGGGUGAUCAGCGGAGCAUGGAUCACAUACGCCCGCAAAUAUAAACCAAUUUUGUUUGAUCUCGAGCACAGAUACUAUGGUAAAAGCCGUCCGACCGAAGAUUUAAGUACCGAGAAUCUUGUAUAUCUGACAAGCCAGCAGGCCCUAGGCGAUUUAGCAUUUUUCAUUGAAGGUAUGAACAAAGAGUACAACCUGACUUCUGAUGUAAAAUGGAUUGUUUUCGGAGGUUCUUAUCCAGGAAACUUGGCCGCCUGGGCACGCCAAAAGUAUCCCCAUUUGGUGCAUGGGGCCAUGUCUGCAAGUGGACCACUUCUCGCACAUUUAGAUUUUUCAGAAUAUUUUAUGGUGGUUGCAGAUGCAUUACGAGCCAGUAACGAAAUGUGUCCACAUAUUGUAAAACGGAGUUUUGUUCAAGUUAAAAAUCUUUUGAAGACUGAAGUUGGCCAAAAGAAACUUAACGAACAAUUCAAUUUGUGUGAGGAUAUAUCAGAACACGUUAAUAAUUCUUUGUUCAUGUCCAACUUCUUCAUGAACUUAGCUGAGAAUUUUGCUGGAGUGGUACAAUAUAAUAAUGAUAACAGCGCAGGAAUUAAAAAGAAAAACCUCACCGUCGAUCGCUUGUGUAACGUUCUUUUGGACGAAUCUACCGGACUUGAAAUCAAUCGCUUGGCAGCUGUUACUAAGUUAAUUCUUGACGCGGAUGGUAAUAGCUGUUUUGAUUACAAUUAUAAUAAUAUGGUUGACUCUAUGAAGGAAGUUAGUUGGGAUAGCGAUGCUGCCUAUGGAAGUCGCCAAUGGACAUAUCAAACCUGCACAGAAUUUGGUUAUUUUCAAACUUCCUCUUACAAACCUCAUAUAUUUGGUACCCGAUUUCCACUUAGUUUCUCCAUUCAGCAAUGCCUAGAUACUUUCGGAUCUUUAUACAAUGAAACGUUUCUAAACCAUGCUAUAGAGAGGACCAACGUUCUAUAUGGUGGUUUAGACAUUGAAGUUUCUAACGUUGUAUUCGUUCAGGGUUCAUUGGAUCCAUGGCACGUUUUGGGAGUUACAAAAACCUUAAAUGAUAAAGCUCCUGCUAUUGUUAUCGAAGGGGCCGCCCAUGCCGCAAAUAUGUUUAACCCUUCCGAUGAUGAUACUCCACAGUUAAAGGCAGCUCGUGUCCAAAUAGAAGAAUUAAUAGGUACCUGGAUAGAUUCGUAACCUAGUUCUAAUUUGUUAUUAAGUUGUAGUUUAAUCUAAUUCUAAGAAAACAACACAUUAUUACAAUUAAAGAGACCAGUAUACAAAAUUGAUAUUGAACAAACAAAUGAUAUUAUAAGAGUGUAGAUUGUUGUAGAAAGAUUUUUGUUUUUAAUAAAGGCAUUUAUAUAUUA